AUGGAUGGAAAGGCAGAGACUCUGGCCCUGAAGCGUGAAGUGGGGCUGGUUGGGGCCGUGUCCCUGAUCGCAGGGACCAUGAUAGGGUCUGGGAUCUUCAUGUCUCCACAGACAGUGUUGUUCACCAUUGGCAGUCCUGGAGCUAGUUUGGUGGUAUGGGCGAGUUGUGGCGUCUUGGUGAUUCUGGCUGCGUUCUGCUACUCAGAGCUGGGCACUGUCAUAAAGGAGUCCGGGGGAGAGUACAUUUACAUCCUGCGGACCUCUGGCCCCGUCAUGGCCUUCAUGUUGAUCUUCAGCUCAGUGCUGUUUGUCAGACCAGCUGGAGUGGCCGGAAUCUCUCUCAGCUUUGCGCAGUAUGCAGUGGCUCCUUUCUACCCCGAGUGUCCUCCACCGUCACUGCUGGUCAAGGCGGUGGCCGCAGUCUCCAUCCUGGUCCUGGCGACUGUGAACUGUCUGAAUGUGCGCUUCUCCAUGUCCGUGCAGGUCUUCUUCAUGGUGGCCAAAGUUCUGGCUCUGGCGGUCAUUAUUGUAGGAGGUGUGGUCAUGCUUAUCAAUGGGCACACAGAAAACUUUGAAAACUCUUUUGAAAAUACCAAUGUUGGAAUCAAUCCCAUUGGUAUUGCUUUCUACCAGGGGCUGUGGUCUUAUGACGGCUGGAACAAUCUCAACUAUGUGACUGAGGAGCUCAAGCGCCCGGAGAUGGCCCCUGAGAAGCACAUGCUGAGCCUACAGAGGGAGAUCGGGCUCCUGGGAGCAGUGUCCUUCAUCGCGGGGACUAUGAUCGGUUCUGGGAUCUUCAUCUCACCUCUGUAUGUUCUCUCUGCCAUCGGGAGUCCUGCAGCCAGCCUCAUCAUCUGGGCAGGCUGUGGGGCCCUGGCACUGCUGGGGGGCCUGUGCUAUGCCGAGCUGGGCACAGUGAUCCCAGAGUCUGGAGGAGAGUAUGUUUACAUGCUGCAGACCACAGGGAGGGUCUCGGCCUUUGUGUUUGUGUUCAGCUUUGUGAACGUGUUGAGACCGGCCAGUGCCACAGGGAUAGCUCUGAGUGUGGCCGAGUACGUGGUGGCUCCUUUCUACACUGACUGUCCUCCUCCUCAGCAGCUGCUCAAGUGUGUGGCCGCCGUGAGCAUCCUGGCUGUGGCUCUGGUGAACUGUGCCAGUGUCCGGGCUGCGACCCUCAUCCAGGUGCUCUGCACAGCGGUCAAGCUGCUGGCUCUCAGCGUCAUUGCUGGGUUAUACUCUUAUGAUGGAUGGAACACUCUGAACCUUUUAACUGAGGAGCUGAAGUAUCCAGAAGUGAACCUCCCCAGAGCUAUCAUCAUUGCUAUCUCCCUGGUCACUGGACUGUAUCUGCUGGUCAAUGUCAGCUACCUCACUGUGAUGACCCCAAAGGAGCUCAUGAUGUCAAAUGCAGUCGCCGUCACAUGGGGGAACAAGGUGCUGGGGAGCUGGGGCUGGAUCAUGUCAGUGGCUGCUGCGUUAUCUGCUUUUGGAUCUCUCAAUGGGACAUUUUUUAGUGGUGGCAGAGUCUGUUUUGUUGCGGCUCGAGAAGGACACAUGCCUGAUAUUCUGUCCAUGGCCCACGUGCACAGACUGACUCCGUCUCCAGCCUUAAUUUUCACCACGUUUGUCUCCUUGCUGGUUCUCAUCCCCGGGGAUUUUCAAAGUAUCGUCAACUAUUUCAGUUUCACAGCUUGGUUUUUCUAUGCAAUCACCAUGAUAGGGCUUUUAUAUCUUAAGAUCAAAAGACCAGAUCUCCCUCGGCCGUACAAGGUUCCCAUUGUCCUCCCUGUAACUGUCCUCAUCGCAGCCGUCUUCCUCGUGCUCGCUCCCAUCAUCGACAGCCCCCAGAUCGAGUACCUCUACGUCGCUUUGUUCAUUUUCAGCGGCGUCAUCGUCUACGUCCCCUUCAUUCAUUACAAGAUGUGUCCCGGGCUUCUGACCAAACUCACCCAGUUCUUACAGCUGCUAUUAGAAGUAGCACCAGCAGAAAAAAACGUAUAA